UGUCUUUCCUAGCUGGGGACUGACUCCGCUUCUCUCUCUCCCUCCCCGUGCUGCGAGAGGGGGGAGUCGCCAGGCACAUUAGAGAUAGCGCCAGUAGCACCGUGCGGCUCCGGUAGCUGUUCGUUACCCUCCGUUCCCGUAACUGCCUCGCCACGAACAUGCACAAAUGCGUACUCCCCUGCACCCCGAUCUGAAACCAUAGCACAGCGCAGCCAUCAUCCCGUUUUCCCGAUUCGUUCUUCGGUGUACCCGUUUUAUUAUUUUUUUUUUCCCAUCCUCGUUCCUGGUGGACCCCUUGGGGAAAUAUAACAUCGAGCCAGCGCCGCGAUUCGGUUUAAUUGCAACCCCUUUUCUGAAUGACGGGCGGACGGUUCGACUUCGACGAUGGCGGCACUUACUGCGGAGGUUGGGAGGACGGGAAAGCCCACGGACACGGGAUAUGUACCGGACCCAAGGGCCAGGGCGAAUACUCCGGGUCCUGGUCCAAUGGCUUUGAGGUAGUCGGGGUGUACACCUGGCCCAGCGGGAACACGUACAAGGGGUACUGGGCGCAGGGGAAGCGGCACGGGCUUGGCGUAGAAUCAAAGGGAAAGUGGAUCUACCGUGGAGAGUGGAGUCACGGAUUUAAGGGACGGUACGGGGUACGUCAGUGCCUCAACACACCUGCGAGAUACGAUGGCACGUGGAGUAAUGGUCUCCAGGAUGGAUAUGGGGUUGAAACAUACGGUGACGGGGGUACGUACCAGGGCCAGUGGCUGGGCGGCAUGCGGCACGGCUACGGCGUGCGGCAGAGCGUGCCGUACGGCAUGGCGACGGUGAUCCGCUCGCCGCUCCGGACAUCGCUGGCGUCGCUGCGCAGUGAGCAGAGCAACGGCACCGUCCUGCCGGACGUGACGGCAGACAGCCCGGCGGCGGGCACGCGCGGCGGCUUCGUCCUCAACUUCCACAGCGACAGCGAGGUGGGCGGAGGCGGCAGCGGCGGCGCCGGCGGCGGCAAGAAGAAGGGCCUCUUCCGCCGCGGCUCGCUCUUCGGCAGCCUCCGGCAGCUGCGCAAGUCCGAGUCGCGCUCGUCCAUCUCCAGCAAGCGCAGCUCGGCGCGCAGCGACGCCACCAUGAGCCGCAUCAGCUCCAGCGACGCCAACUCCACCAUCAGCCUCGGCGACGGCGACGUGCCGGACGACUUCCCGCCGGCCGAGGACCACGUGGACGCCACCACCACCGAGUCCUACAUGGGCGAGUGGAAGAACGACAAGCGGCACGGCUUCGGCGUCAGCGAGCGCUCCAACGGCAUGAAGUAUGAGGGCGAGUGGACCAACAACAAGCGGCACGGCUACGGCUGCACGCUCUUCCCCGACGGCACGCGCGAGGAGGGCAAGUACAAGAACAACGUGCUGGUGCGCGGCGUCCGCAAGCAGCUCAUCCCGCUCAAGAGCAGCAAAACCAAAGAGAAGGUGGAUCGCGCCGUGGAGGGCGCCGUUCGGGCUGCUGCCAUCGCCCGGACGAAGGUGGAGAUCGCUGCGUCCAGAACCGCGCAUGCCAGAGCCAAGGGAGACGCCGCCGACCAGGCCGCCAAGGCCGCCGUCCAGGACUCGGACGUUGCCAGGGCGGUGGCCAGGGAGCUGUCUCCAAGCUUUCACCAGCCAGGACCUGAUUAUGUCAAACAGAGGUUGAGUGAGCCCAUGGAGAUUAAGGAAGUCCCAGAAGAAAACAAGAAAGAAAAAUCUCCUUCAGGAAGCCCUCAUUUCUACCGGAAAGGCACAACCCCCACCCAGACCCCCACCCACAGCCCCGGUCCCACCCCCCCACCCUCCCCCCACGCCGGCAAGAAGCACCAACACAACAGCAUCCCCGCCGCCAAGCCGGUCAGGGAGAACAGACCCCCCGUCACGCAGUACCCACCACCCAGCAUCACCAAGGUGCCCUCAAGGACAUCCAUCAAACAGGAAGUGGCCCCGCCCAGGCUGUCCAAGAAGGCGGAGCCAGCGGCCAACACGGUCAGCCCGGGCAACGGGCAGGUGCACACCCAGUACCACAGCUACUAUGUGAUGGCGGAUGUGAAGAUCCCGCCGGGGCACGAGGAGGAGGAGGAGGAGGAGCUGACCGUGGCCCCGUCCGCCCUGACCAAGGCCCUCCCCCCUCCGCCGGCCAGAGCCUUCCGGGCACCCACCCCGAAGCCCAUUGUGCCGAAGCCGGCGGCCAAAGAGAGCAGGCCCGAGCCGAAGCUGAAGAAGCAGGAGUCACUGAAGCCAAAGAGCCUUGCCGAGACCAAGCGCGCCAGCGCGGAGGUCUGCGAGACGGUCGAGGAAGAAUCCGGUCCCAACUCCAUAUUGGUUGCCCUGGUGAUGCUCCUCAAUAUCGGUUUAGCCAUUAUUUUUGUACACUUCCUGACCUGAUAGCACCACAACUCAGUGAAGUCAUGAAAACUAGUGGCGUAGGCCCUAAUUCUCUGCAAGUCGUGUCAACGGCCUUAACAAAAUGGUGCCGGUCAGUCUGAGACUCAGGCUAACGGAGGACUGGAAAUAGAAUGACACCCAGGAGAGAGAGAGAGACAGACGAGACGCGGAACAUUCGGUGUGGGGCGAGACGGGGUUUUGGGGGGUGGGGGGGCUCCCCGACGUCCUCCGCCCGUGAUUUGUGACUCGUCCUUUAGGUCCCACGAAAGCCAAAGCGGGCGGUCGUUUGGGAGCGCAGAGAAGUUAAAAAAG